UAAGCAUGCUGACAGGCUGGAUUUUUCAAACCACAGGACAAGGAUGCAUUAAUCUGUGGAUUUGGGUCCAUUCUUAAAGGAUGUCAAAUCAUGAUGUCUGAAUCUAUGAGAUUUGAGCAAAUUUAGCAUCAGUGUUUAAAGCAAACUGUGCAAUAGACAAUUGCUUUUUUUUUCUCCCCUACCCAAAUUUUUAUGCUGAUUUUGCAUUUGCCUCCCUUUGUGUCAUUGACAAUGUCGGUGUGAUCAACAAAUGGAACUUUAAGUGCCUUUUGCAGUGCCUUUUGGUUUUUUGUAGGACUGGAAGUAGGAAAUUAAGCCAUUCAAAGUUACAGCUAAUGUGUAUUCCUAAUUUACUCUGUCAUCAACAAAAGAUGACUCAGGUUUAUGGAGGAACAGGAGGAGGGGAGAGUGCUUCAGCUGGUGCAAAUGGAACAGAGUCAGUCCUUGUUUUGCAUCUGGGUAAGGAUCUGGCCCUGGUUCUGUGCCAACAAGUCUGAAUACAAAGAGGAUCUCUGUAGGGGUCAAUGCGGGCAUGUGCCUGCCUGACCUGACUCAGCGCUUCCUAGGGCGAUACGGGCUCUGAGUUACCCAGAUAAGCAGAACAAUGGCCAAGCCAAAGGGUGAACUGACUGCCAUCCCAUGAAGGGAGCUGGGUGGAGGAGAGGCCUGAGGUGGAGCAGGAGCAGACAACCCAGGCAGAUCCCUGCAUCUUUCCGUUUACCAGUUUUCCUGUUUCUGCGGACACGGAGGUGAAUCGCCCAUCCCUCCUGUAAUUGCAGUGCAGCCACAUCUGCUGUGCAAUAACCAUCAGUGUUGUCACUGGGAGCAGGCGUGGGUGAGGGUCCAUAGGGUGUGCACAGAGACCCAGCAGACACGGGCAUGCAACUCCUUUCCAAGCCUGGGGUCUAACUCCCUUCUGCUCUGCUGACAGUGCCAGCCUUCAUUAUCAGCACUGUUAGUCCUCAAGAAGAAUCAGUUAUGCCCUGUCUCCCUGCUGUGGCAGUAGCUUUUGCUUCUUUUCUGGUUUUUCUUAGUCAACCCUUUCCCCUUUGUCUCUUGAUAGCACCACUGUUCCUUACCCUACUGCUGGCCCUAAGCCCCCAGCUUUCAAAACAGACACCUAAAAUGAAGUGGAAGGGAAGAAUACUCCAUUGGGAAAUACUUUCUUAGUGUUCAGAGUUAUCGCCCCAUAGAAAGUAGACCGGCAAAGAUCUGUAGUUCAUGCUUCCAAAAGCAUUAGGUUAGGAAGCAUGUGUUUCCCAGAAAGCCUGAAGGGCAAUCCAAAGCAGAAUGAAAUGGGAAGAGAAGGCUGUCCGACCCAUAAAAUCCCAGUAUUUUGUGUCUCCUCUUCCAGCCUUAUUGCUGCAAGGUUGAGGAAAAGGAGUGUGAUGGACACUGUGACUGGUCACACACCUCCUACAAAUCACCUCUUCAUGACUGGAAACAUGGUGCUCAAGAAGGUGGAUGCUGAUGAUGUCAUCACCAAAGAGGAGCAGAUCUUCCUACUGCUAAAAGCCAAGGCUAAGUGCGAACGACACCUGAAAGCCAAGGUGCCCAAGGUGCAUGAUGGCUUUUGUCUUCCUGAGUGGGAUGGAAUUGUCUGCUGGCCUGAAGGUGUGCCAGGCAAAGUGGUGGCUAUGCCAUGUCCAGAGUACAUCUAUGACUUCAAUCACAAAGGCCAUGCUUAUCGCCGGUGUGACCUGAACGGGAGCUGGGAGUUGGUCCCGGGCAACAACCGCACCUGGGCAAACUACAGUGAAUGUGCCAAGUUCCUCACCAACGAGACAAGGGAAAGGGAGGUCUUUGAUCGCCUCUAUUUGAUUUAUACUGUUGGAUACUCCAUCUCUCUGGGAUCCCUCACAGUUGCUGUCCUUAUCCUGGGAUACUUCAGACGUUUGCACUGCACUAGAAACUACAUCCACAUGCACCUAUUUGUCUCCUUCAUGCUGAGAGCUGUGAGCAUCUUCGUGAAAGAUGCAGUCUUGUACUCCGGGUCAGCUUUGGAGGAGAUGGAACGGAUCUCAGAGGAAGACUUGAAAUCCAUUACUGAAGCACCUCCAGCAGAUAAAUCACAGUUUGUGGGCUGUAAAGUAGCCGUUACCUUCUUCCUCUACUUCCUGGCAACCAAUUACUACUGGAUUCUGGUGGAAGGGCUCUAUCUCCACAGCCUCAUCUUCAUGGCAUUUUUCUCAGAGAAGAAGUAUCUUUGGGGAUUCACAUUAUUUGGCUGGGGACUCCCUGCUGUAUUUGUUACAGCAUGGGCCAGCGUGAGAGCCACUCUAGCCGACACAGAGUGUUGGGACUUGAGUGCUGGCAAUUUAAAAUGGAUUUUUCAGGUGCCCAUCCUGGCAGCUAUCGUGGUAAAUUUUAUUCUUUUUAUCAAUAUUAUCAGAGUCCUAGCAACCAAGCUACGAGAGACGAAUGCAGGGAGGUGUGACUCAAGACAACAGUACAGGAAGCUGCUGAAAUCUACCCUCGUCCUUAUGCCUCUGUUUGGCGUUCACUAUAUUGUUUUCAUGGCUAUGCCAUACACAGAUGUGUCAGGGAUUCUUUGGCAAGUUCAAAUGCACUAUGAAAUGCUGUUCAACUCUUUCCAGGGAUUUUUCGUUGCCAUCAUAUACUGUUUUUGCAAUGGAGAGGUCCAAGCAGAAAUAAAGAAGUCAUGGAGCAGGUGGACAUUAGCACUUGACUUUAAAAGGAAAGCACGAAGUGGGAGCACAACCUACAGUUAUGGACCAAUGGUUUCCCAUACCAGCAUCACAAAUGUAGCCACAAGAGGAGCACUUGCCCUCCAUCUCAAUACGAGACUUAUACCAGGGACCCUCAAUGGACACCGGAAUUUGCCAGGUUAUGUAAAAAAUGGGUCCAUUUCUGAAAACUCCAUGCCUUCUUCUGGACCAGAGCAGUACAACAAAGACGAGGAGUACCUGAAUGGCUCUGGGCUUUACGAUGGAGACAGACCAACAGUACUCAUUGAAGAAGAAAGAGAGACAGUGAUGUAGAAAGAGGAGGAGAAAAAAAGAAACAAAAGGAUGAAAAAGGUUCCUGGAGAGCAUUUAGUGGGCAAAAGAGUAUCAGGCCACGUACCAGAUGCCAAAGGGUUUCCAUACAGUUUCUCUGUUCUGUGGAACAAGAGGUUGUUAUAUGGGAAAAAGAAGUGAGCCUCCAAUGUGGCCAGCUGUUGAUCACAUACAUAUACUCAGUGAUCUAAGUCUCCCUGGUGUUAACAGAGGCAGGGCUAUCCAGACCCAUGGGCCUUGCUACCUGCUGAACAACAGAGAUACUAAGAGUUUGCAAGGGAGGGUUGCAAAGCAUCACGUGGUUCUUGGACCUCUUGGAUAGUGUGGGCAGCCAAGGAGGACAGGAGUCUCACCCAGUAAAGCAAGAGUCUUGAGGGGAGGGUACAGUGACAUCUUCUUGCGAGGGUACUAGCCACCCUGAGCAUCAGCAUCUUCAGUUUGGUUUGCUCUUUCCCUGUAAAGUCUGCCUGGUAACACACACAACACUGAUCAAGACCCCUUGAGGGUCAUUGUUGCCCUGUCUUGCAGACAAGCACUUGACGCAGACAGCUCGAUACAACCGGUUGCAUGUUCUUCGCUUGGGCAAGCUCACUCCUCUGGGGUGGGCAGGGUUAACAGCUCAUGGUUGCUGGAUUCAGGCAGAAAACUCUAUUCUCCUUUCCCUGACCUGGGUCCCAGUAGCAAGCCAGAAACCAGUGCAAUUUUAGGAUGGAAAAUGUGGUUAUCAGAAUGUGCAACAUUUUUGUUCUUCCAGAUGCAGCAGCAGAGAGCGGCCCACCAAAGGGGUUGAGGGAGGGUGGAGAAUUUUUGGAUCUUGGGUAUUU